CAUCUCGAGAUCCGCCGUAUCAUUCUCUGACCCACAACCUCUCUCUCUCUUCUCCCUCUCUCGGUCAAUCUAAGAUUGGACCAGAGAGAAAAAAGAGAGAUCUUUCUUCUUUUUGUGCUCUCCCAGAUCUAUAUAUUCCCGGAUAAUCCAGGUCUUAGCCAAUCAUAAUGGCGUCGGCUGCAGCGACUGAGAACAAGUGGCUCAGAGGGAGAGUGAAGGCUGUGACCUCUGGGGACUGCUUGGUGAUCACGGCUUUGAGCCACAACAAGCCCGGUCCUCCACCGGAAAAGACCAUCACUCUAUCUUCUCUCAUUGCUCCUAGGCUGGCUCGCAGGGGAGGUUUAGAUGAACCUUUUGCAUGGGAAAGCAAGGAGUUUCUGAGGAAACUUUGCAUUGGAAAGGAGGUUGUAUUCAAAGUGGAUUACAAAGUGGAAGCUAUUGCUGGCAGAGAAUUUGGAUCCGUUUUCCUCGGCAAUGAAAAUGUUGCCAUGCUUGUUGUUGCUGCUGGCUGGGCAAAGGUCAGGGAGCCAGGCCAGCAAAAUCAGGAUAAGGUCAGCCCUUACAUUGCGGAAUUGCUACGGCUUGAAGAGCAGGCCAAGCAAGAAGGUUUUGGUCGUUGGAGCAAGGUCCCUGGUGCUGCUGAGGCGUCUGUCAGAAAUCUUCCUCCUUCUGCCAUUGGGGAUGCUGGUAACUUUGAUGCGAUGGGACUUUUAGCUGCAAGCAAAGGCAAGCCCAUGGAGGGUAUUGUCGAGCAAGUCCGUGAUGGCAGUACCGUUCGGGUCUAUCUUCUUCCAGACUUUCAGUUUGUGCAAGUAUUUGUUGCUGGAGUUCAGGCUCCAUCAGUGGGAAGGAGACCUCCAGCUGAUAGUUUUAUUGAGACAGAUGUUACCUCAUCUGAGCCGAAUGGAGAUGUUUCUACGGAACCACAUGCUCCUCUAACAUCAGCCCAGAGACUUGCUGCCUCUGCAGCAUCAUCUGUUGAAUCUUCUCCAGAUCCUUUUGCAAUGGAAGCCAAGUACUUUACCGAGCUUCGUGUUUUGAGUAGAGAUGUUCGCAUUGUUUUGGAAGGUGUUGACAAGUUCAACAAUCUGAUCGGUUCAGUUCAUUAUUCUGAUGGGGAAACAGUGAAGGACUUGGGUUUGGAGCUUGUCGAGAAUGGUCUCGCUAAGUACGUAGAAUGGAGUGCUAACAUGAUGGAAGAUGAAGCCAAGAGGAAACUGAAAGCCGCAGAGCUUCAGGCCAAGAAAAACCGAUUGAGAAUGUGGACCAACUAUGUUCCUCCAGCGACGAACUCAAAGGCAAUUCAUGACCAGAACUUUACUGGAAAGGUAGUGGAAGUUGUAAGUGGGGACUGUGUUGUUGUUGCUGAUGAUUCUAUCCCGUAUGGGAGCCCAUUGGCCGAGCGACGAGUCUGUCUUUCGAGUAUCAGGUGUCCCAAAAUGGGUAAUCCACGAAGAGAUGAAAAACCAGCCCCCUAUGCUCGGGAAGCAAGGGAAUUUCUGAGACAAAGGCUCAUCGGCAAACAAGUUGUUGUUCAAAUGGAAUACUCAAGGAAGGUCAGCCCAGCAGAUGGUGCUACUACUUCUGGGGCUGGCGAUUCCAGGGUCAUGGAUUUUGGCUCUGUGUUCCUUCCCUCUACCACCAAGGGUGAUGCUGAUGAAACUCCAUUGCCUGCUGCAGCUACUGAUGGUGGCCAGCAGCCAGGGGUGAACAUUGCAGAGCUUGUUAUUGCCCGUGGUUUUGGAACUGUUGUUAGGCACCGAGAUUUCGAGGAAAGAUCUAACUACUAUGAUGCUCUUCUGGCUGUUGAAUCCCGUGCUAUUACCGGGAAGAAGGGAAUCCAUUCUGCGAAGGAUUCUCCAGUCAUGCACAUCACAGAUCUUACAACGGCCUCAGUCAAGAAGGCUAGGGAUUUCUUGCCAUUCCUGCACCGAAGCAGGAGAAUCUCUGCUGUUGUGGAAUACGUUUUGAGUGGACAUCGGUUUAAGCUUCUGAUUCCAAGGGAAACAUGCAGUAUCGCCUUUUCAUUCUCCGGUGUGAGAUGUCCUGGCCGUGACGAACCUUAUUCGGAUGAAGCAAUUGCUUUAAUGAGACGAAAGAUAAUGCAGAGAGAUGUCGAGAUUGAGGUUGAAACUGUGGAUAGAACGGGUACAUUCUUGGGAUCGAUGUGGGAGUCUAGGACCAAUGUGGCACUGGUUCUUCUUGAAGCUGGCCUUGCAAAGAUGCAGACUAGCUUCGGUUCAGACAGAAUCCCUGAGGCUCAUCUUCUUGAACAGGCGGAACGAUCUGCUAAAGGGCAGAAACUAAAGAUUUGGGAAAACUAUGUUGAAGGAGAAGAAGUUUCAAAUGGUUCGACUGUUGAAACCAAGCAGAAGGAAACAUUGAAGGUUGCUGUUACAGAAGUACUUGGAGGUGGAAAAUUCUACAUUCAAGCAGUCGGUGAUCAGAAAGUAACCUCGAUUCAGCACCAACUUGCUUCAUUGAAUCUCAAAGAGGCACCCGUUAUCGGGGCAUUCAACCCUAAGAAGGGUGAUAUUGUUCUUGCACAGUUCAGCCUCGACAAAUCCUGGAACCGGGCAAUGGUAAUUCAUUCAUCAUCUUUUUCCAUCUUUUCCCCAGAGGACAAAUUUGAAGUAUUCUACAUCGAUUACGGGAACCAGGAGAUGGUUCCAUACAGCGGAAUACGGCCCGUGGAUCCUUCGGUGUCCUCUGCCCCGGGGCUUGCCCAGCUAUGCAGGCUCGCUUACGUAAAAAUCCCGAACGUAGAAGAGGACUUUGGACCGGAAGCGGCCGAGUAUCUGAGCAAUGUGACGCUGGGCAGUGGAAGAGAGUUCAGGGCAGUGGUCGAGGAAAGGGACACUUCUGGUGGUAAAGUCAAAGGCCAAGGAACUGGAACUGAACUUGCUGUCACUCUUAUCGCUGUAGAUGAUGAACUCUCUGUCAAUGCUGCCAUGCUUCAGGAAGGGCUUGCGAGGAUGGAGAAACGUAAGAGAUGGGAGCCGAAGGAUAAACUGGCGGCUCUCGACAGUCUGGAGAAGUUCCAAGAAGAAGCCCGCACCUCAAGGACCGGGAUAUGGCAGUACGGUGAUAUCCAAUCCGACGACGAGGACUCAGCUCCAGUCAGAAAGCCCGGAGGCGGACGCCGGUAAAUUCUCGGCCGGGGUGGUAAGUUAUGGUCGGAAACCAAACAUGAUGCGAAAUGGGGUCGAAGUCUUGUUCCUUUGGUUUGGAGGAUCGGUGCAAUGUUAUUUUUGCUUGCAUGAAACUUUUGUAACGUUUUAGCUUUUUUUUUUUUUUAAUUUUAUGUUUUGGUUUUGGGAUAUUUUUAAUAGAAUUUUUCUCUCUAGGGUGUCGAGGAUAGAGUUACACUAAUAAGGUUGCAAGUAAUGCCUACUACUGGCAACUGCUACGAGGUUCGAUUACGGGACUUGUUUUUGUAUUUCGUUUUAUUAUAUCAAGUUAUAGUUUGAUCAAUCAA